AGAAGAAUUUAUGACCCUAGCUAGCCUUUUGUGUUCCUCCAAGUUGUUAAUCGAAAUUGGUUAAAAUAAAAUAAAAAAAAUUGUGAAGAAAGUAAUUAGGAUGCACAGGUCUGCAAGCUGGAACAGGUUCUCUGAUGACUACUUCAAGCAUGCAACAAGUUCUUCUCCAGCAACAGGACAUAGAUCAUCUUAUUCUAUGUUCGAUGGAAACAAUUUACCAACAUAUGACCCCAUUGCAGAGUUGGCCAAGAAGGAGAGGGCACGUGUCAAGUUUGCUGAGAAUGCAGUGCAUGUUAUCCCUUUUGUGCUAAUUAUUUGUGCCAUCAUUCUUUGGCUCUUCUCAAAUCCAGAUGUGGGAAUCAUAGGAGAUCCUAUUGGAGCAAGAAUCGAAGGAUUAAGUCUCGAAGGAGAAAUUGAAAAUGAUAGCGACGGCACUCAAAUGGGUUUCUUACCUAUUGUGAGCUCAGAGGAAAUAUCCACCAAAGAAUUUGGUGCUGAAAAAGAUUCAAUAAAUCAGAAGAACUUUUAGUGGAUGAUUAUUAUUCCAAUUUAUAAUGAGAAAAAAAAUAUAUGUGGAAAGGCCAAAGGUAGUUUACCUUAACCUCUAUUGAAAUUAUCGCUGUAAUAUUCUUUAUUUGCUUGAAUUAUUUCUUAAGGUUUGUUCAAAGAAAGGUAAGAUUUUCUUUUUUGGUACUCUUGAACAUUUUAUACAUUGAUAAGA